UGUUGCAGGAUGUUACUAACAGCUCACUUGAUAUUUGUGGAAAUAGCGUGGGAAAGCGAAAGCUAAUAGUUACUUGGGGUCAGUCAGUUCAUCUUGGUUGCUUUGUAAAGAUGCCAGAAGUUUUAUUAAAUCAGGACGUAAGGUGGUACCACUAUAGCAAAGAGAAAGGACGUUAUGAAGUUAUUUAUAAAAAUGGUAUAGCUGGAGAUAAGUUUAUUGAAACAUCUGAUAAGGGUUUGGUAAUUGUUGGAGUAAACGAACAGGAUUCCGGAAGGUAUGACUGCUGGCUUGGUGGUGCACUUCUCUGUUCCUAUAAUAUUACUGUUGAUGCUCAUAGAUGUUCAUCCCCAUUAAAAUCAAACGAUUAUCAAAAAAUAUACUCAGACUGGUGUCAUGAGUUUGAGAAGUAUAAGUCAGCAAUGAAGAGUUGGGAGAAAAAACAAAUGCAGUGUACAUCAAAACAAAAUGACAGCAGUCAAAACAUUUAUACUAAUGAAGUAUAUGGGACACCUUCAAUCUGAAUAUACAAUGAGAUUAGAUUAUUCCUGGAACAAGACGUCGUCUUUAAUACACUCCUCAUAAUCAGGAACUCUUUAGACUUACGAAUAAAAAUCAAGCCAAUGAUUUAAGGUCUUGAAGAAAUGAAGCAUUUGAUCUGAAAAAAAAAAUCAAUAUAAAAACAAGUCUACAAUUUAAAUUAAAAAAAAAUACUAUUUCUAACAUCAUUCUAAGAGCCUAUACCUACAAAUCAAGAAAAAUUCGAUACAAAAUUACACAACAUUAUUUUGGAUGUUUAAUAAAAAAAGUAUCCAAAUAUCUUUUUUUUUUAUAUUUAUUGGAUUCUAACUGAAUAAUAUGUUUUUGUAUAAAAAUAAUCUCAAUAUAUUCUAAACAAAAUAUUCAUGAAA